AUGCGACGAAAAAGAACUAUUAAAAGAGAAAUUGGCAAUAUAGUCAAGCCAAACACAAUUGGUUCGAAAUUAAAAAAAGAUGACGCCGUUCUUUAUCAAAAGAUUGUCGACAACAAAGAUGACACCGACUGGUUAAAAAACGAAAUUGCGGCCGCGGAAAAACUAAAAAAAGAUAAUGAAAACUUAUUAGCCGAGUUGGAAAAAAAAAUAGAAAAUGAUGAAGCUAAGGCUGAUGACCCUGCGACCUUAGAAACUAAAAAUAAAUGUGGUGAAAAUAUUGACAAGCACCAAAACACCCUCAACCAACUCCAAACCAUCCAAGAUAAAGGAUUAGACAGUUAUGAUUGCAUUAGUGAAAAGUUAAAAGAAGUUAGAACGACCGAUGAAAUUAAAAAAAUAGCCGAAGGCACUGAUGCGGAAAUAAAAGUUGAAAAAGAACAGUUAGACCGAGAUAUUGCCCAAAAAGAAGGCGAAUUAAAUGAUAACGACACCAAUGAGGAUGACAAACCUAAUAUUCAAGCCGAAUUAGCCAAGAUGAAAAAAGCCAAAGAACUUUUACAAUCCGUAGUAAAAAAAGAAGAUUUAGCCAAAAAGAAUUACAGUUAUUAUGAUUAUGCUUAUGCGGGUGGAAUUAGAUGUGCCGUCGCCGGAGCUUGGGCAACAAACAAAAUAGCCAAGUCUUUCGGAAGUACUCCGCAAAACGAUUUACAACAAAUACCGGCAAUGAAAGAACGAAUACAACAGCAAAACGACAUUGUUAAAGAAGCCAGAAAGUAUAAAAAAGAUAAAUUGAAGUAUCAUAAAGAUGUAAGUCAAGAUCUGCGUUCUGACUUGGAAAAAAUAAAUAGGAAAAUUGAGGCAGCACAAGAAGAAAGAAAUUCAAUAGCCCAGGAGUUAAAAGAGGCCAAUAAAGAUGGAGACACAGAAAAAAUCAAAAUACUUACUGCAAAAUUAGAAAGUGUUGACGGACAACUGGCUGGCUACAUUAAAGAACGAGAUGAUAAAAAGAAAGAAGUGAAAGAAUCAGAAGAAAAAAUAGAUGAUAUUUAUGAUAAAUUAGGUGACCCCGACACUAUGACCGAAGCACAAUAUGUUUCCAAAGCUAAUUCUAUUAACUGA